AUGGCUCGUUUCUUCUCCAGCCCAAGUCUUGUGUUCACAUCUGCCAUUUCCCUUCGAGCGGUCCUUCUCGUAUACGGUCUUGUCCAAGAUGCAUACUCGCCCAUGAAGUACACGGAUAUCGACUAUUACGUGUUCACCGAUGCUGCUCGCUAUAUCUCCCGAGGCCGGUCUCCGUACAUGCGGGACACUUACCGCUACACGCCCCUCUUGGCGUGGCUUAUCUAUCCGACCACCUGGGGAGGAAGGUGGUUUGCUUUCGGCAAGGUUCUAUUUGCUUCAGGGGAUAUCAUAGCUGGGUGGCUGAUCCUACUCAUUCUGAGAUCAUCCAAGAAGAUGCCAACAGAGAGAGCCUCGAAAUUUGCAAGUAUCUGGCUGUUGAACCCUAUGGUGGCACAAAUCAGCACGAGAGGAAGCUCCGAGGGACUACUCGGAGUCAUUGUCACCGCGCUUCUAUGGGCUCUUCUGCAGCGGCGCAUCAGGCUCGCCGGCUUCCUGCUCGGCUUUGGUGUACACUUCAAGAUUUACCCAUUCAUCUAUGCUGCGUCGAUAGUCUGGUGGCUUGAUGGUGAAGAUAGGGAGGCAACAGCUCAAGCAAAAGGUCAACCCCAGGACUCGUUGCUUUCUCGUUUCCGCUCCUUUUGCAAUGCAGACCGAGUGGUACUCGCCGUCUACAGUUUUUUGACCUUCAUGGUCCUCAACACAAUCAUGUACAAAUUCUACGGAUGGCCCUUUGUCCAGAAUAGCUUUCUGCAUCACCUGACGCGUAUCGACCACCGGCAUAAUUUCUCGCCUUACAAUAUACUCCUCUAUCUCAGCGCUUCUCCCGGAACGCAUUCGUCAUUACGGCUGGAGUCGUUGGCUUUCCUUCCUCAAAUCUUCCUGAGCGCCGUUGCCAUUCCACUCACCCUCGGGAAGAAAGACCUAGCGUCGACUAUGCUUGCCCAAACUUUCGCCUUCGUCACCUUCAAUAAGGUCUGUACCAGUCAGUACUUCCUCUGGUAUCUUGUUUUCUUGCCGUUCUAUCUCCCGGACUCUACCCUGUUACACAGGCCGUCGACAGGCCUUACGGCACUCAUCUUGUGGGUCGUCGGACAGGCUCUGUGGCUACAGCAAGGCUACCAGCUCGAAUUCUUGGGCCGGUCUACCUUCCUCCCGGGACUCUGGACUGCCAGCAUCAUUUUCUUCCUCAUCAACAUCUGGAUCUUGGGCGCUAUUGUUUCAGAUGUUGCGCACAGAGACCGACCUCGAAACGUGGCCGCUGUUCCAAAGAAGGUCAUCUGA